UACAAGAAGCUAUAGCUCAAACAGCUCCCAAUCUAAUUGGCUGAUAUUGAGUCAGCGCAAACCCUUUAUUUACAUUUUUAAUCUCAAUUAAAAUGGUCUCUCCCAUAACCACCGCCGAGAAUACGCCAUCACCGGCAGCUGCCACUCGCCAGAUCCGAGCCCAACUCAAGUCAAUCCAGCCGCCUCUCUUCGAGCCUGACAAGCCGAAGAGGAAGAAGAAAAAAAGGCCAGCGCCUCCACCGCCGACUCAACCAGCGCCACCACCACCGACUCAACCACCAGCACCUCUCUCUCAACCUCCUCUCUCUCAACCUCCUCUCUCUCAACCUCCUCUCUCUCAACCUCGCAUCAUUCUCUCUGACAACCUGACGACAGAGAUCGAAAAGAGUGUCAGUACUGAGGAACAAUCAGUUGUUGAUCAUGCUAUUGAUCAAAAUGAUCCUUAUGAUGAGGAAACUGAUGCUGAGGAACAACCAGUUGUCGAUCAUGAUGUCCAUCAAAAUGAUCAAGAUGAUGACAAUGAUGUUGAACAACAACUUUCUGAUCAUGAAGGUGAUUUACCUGAUCCUCCUCAGCUUAUCGAACUGAGUGAUCAGAGGCUUCGUUCAGCAAAAGCUGGCGAAGCCGAUUAUCCUGUUGAUAGUUGGCUGAGGCGAGGGUAUGCCUACCAUCCCGGGCUAAAGCGCCGAGUCAUCGGUAAUUUGGUCCAACAGCGUCUAAUUUACUUAGACAAUGAGUUGGACUUACCUGAUAUGGAGCCUGAAGAGCUUGGUCCAAUCAAUGCCCCAGGUAGUGGUGAACACUACAGUUGGGCUGAGUUGGCACCAAAAGAGAUGGAGUCAGCGCGGGAAGAGGAAAAGAGGAGGAUAAGGAAGGAGAAGCGGACCGGGAAAUGGGGCGCUAAUCCCGAAACCCGGUGUCGUUUCUGUGCCAAAAUUUUCGCUCGUAAGGAUGUCGCCGACACCCACGAGAAAAAUGCUUGUAAAGCACCUGGUGCUCACAAGCAUGUUUGUGACCCAGGUGUUUGUCCAGAUCCAUGUAUUGGAUCUAGAGAUUGGGUCAGAUCCGUUGGCAAAAAACGCGGGCGAAAAGCCCGUAAAUAAAUUUUGCUAAUUAUUGUAAAAAAUUUACUUUAUUUAUAUUUGAUAUAUUUGAAAUUUUCGAAAUAUUUAGUCAUUAAAUUGACUCGAAAAAAGCUCUCUCGCUAAAGAAUCGUGAACUAAGUCUUU